AUGGCGGCCAAGCCUCCAUUCAACAUCGCCAUAAUCGGCGGCGGCCUCUGCGGCAUCUCCCUCGCCAUCGCCCUCAAAGCCCGCCACAUCCCCUUUACAAUCUACGAAGCGCGCUCCUCCUUCACAGAGAUUGGCGCGGGCAUCAACGUCGGCCCCAACGGGAUCAAAUCCCUCCGCGCCAUCGACCCCUCCCUCGGCGAGAAAGUCUACCAGCUCGCGACACGAAAUCCGGAACCCUAUCAGGAUGUGUGGAUGUAUUUCAAGUACGGCGCGGAUUGCGGGGAGGGGCGGAGGGAUGGGGAGACGAUCUGGACGUUGAUGGCGCCGCCGACGGGGACGAUGACGAUGCAUCGGCAGGAGUUUCUGGCGGCGCUGGCGGGGGAGAUGGGGAUGGAGAAUGCGAGGUUUGAGAAGAAGCUUGUGGGGUAUGAGCAGGGGGAUGGGGAGGUGGUGAUGAGGUUUGCGGAUGGGACGGAGGAGAGGGCGAGUUUGAUGGUGGGGUGUGAUGGGAUUCAUUCGAGGGUGAGGGCGUUGAUGUUUGGGGAGGGGAAUCCUGUUUCAAAGGCGCACUUCAAUCACGAUGGGGCGUAUCGCGCGGUGAUUCCGAUUGACAAGGCGAUUGAGGCUGUUGGGGAGUCGGCGAGAUAUGUGCAGUGCCAUCUGGGGCCGAACGGCUACUUCAUCAUGUACCCCGUAAACGGAGGCACGAACGUGAACUGUGGAGCGUGGAUUCAGAAGCCUGAGCCUUGGGAGAGGGAGGAGUGGCUCGUUCCUGAUCAGGGAAAGCAGUUUCAGGAGGAUAUGAAGGAUUGGGGUGAGAGAGUGCACAGAGUGAUGGAGUACUUCGACCCGAACCCGAUUUUCUGGGCGCAGCAUUCGCAUAAAGUACAGCCGGAUUCGUUCCAGCGAGGACGGGUCAUUCUCAUUGGCGAUGGAGCGCACGCUAUGCCUCCCCAUAAUGGAGCCGGGGCUUCCCAGGCAGCGGAAGAUGCGUAUAUUCUAUCCGAGGUCUUGAUCUCCUUGGUACGCAAUGGCGAGCCUUCUGACACAGAUGUAAAGGCAGCCUUGACUGCUUUUGAGGAUGUGCGUCGACCGCGGGUGGACAGGGCUCAUCGAUCCAGUGUCAACACCGGUCCCGAAUGGUACGGCUUCCAUGAGCGAAGGUUGGAAGGACCUGAGCUGGAGGAAAUGAUCAAAAGCAUGCAUGCAAGGUUCGACUGGCUAUGGGGCGUCGAUAUUGAAAACGAAGCACAGAAGGCGAAGGAUCAGUUGAAGGAGUUGCUUGCCAAAUUAUAG